AGAAGUAUUUAUGGAUGGUAGUUCAGCUGAUUUUGCUUUAUAUACUGGAGGGGGAAGAAUAAUUCAUCAAUUAACAUCUCGUAAUUAUGAAUUAUGGCCAAGUAAAUCUUAUCAAAAAUUAUUAAGUAGAUUUACCAAUAGUAUAAUUAAAAGUAAAAAUCCUGAAACUGUUAUUUCACCUAAUGUUAAUGUAGGAGAUUGUUGGUGUUUUAAUGGUACAAAAGGUCAAAUUGCUAUUAAAUUAUCAAGAAGUAUUGUAUUGACACAUGUAACUUAUCAACAUAUUAGUAGAGAGGUUUCAAUUGAUCCUAUAUUAUCCGCUCCAUAUGAAUUUGAAUUAUGGGGUUUACCAACUUCAACAUCUGCUUCAACAGGAGGAGGAGGUGGUGAUAGUGGUAAAGGUGAAGUCGAAUUAGAAGAAAAGAAUUCUUUGGGAAUAUUUAAAAAUGAUUUUAAAUUUUUCCUUGGUUCAUAUCAAUAUGAUAUUAAUGGUAGUCCUACACAGACAUUUACAUUACCUGAUUCAAUUGCGAAAUCGAAUAAACGUAUUAACGCCAUUAUGAUGAGAGUUAAAAGCAAUCACGAAAACCCCCCAUUUACCUGUUUAUAUCGAUUACAAGUUCAUGGUGUUAUGCCUCAAUAAUAAUUUUUGAAGUAAAAAAAUUCAAAAAAUCAAAAAAUCAAAAGGUUUUUCUAGAACUUUUUAAUAAUAUAUUGGGUGAAAAGGGGGGGGG